CUUCAGUAUGUGCUUAGGCAUGCUGCAUUUGUAAAGUGAGCUCUCACACAGUUUAAUCAAAGCAACCAUGUCUGCUCCACUCUCCAGCAACAGAGAACGCAGGGGAAGCUAUGAUGGCAUUGUACUCAACAAAAACAGUCUCCACAAGAAUCUGGCUCAUCGGAGAUGCUCAGCACCUUCUAUUGUAUUCCCCAAAGCACUAAGCAAACCAUGGUCCACAGGCAGGGAUACAGGUGGCUGCGCUAUAUCUAUUGAGCAGUGUCCUUUCGUUUUGGGACUAACCAAUGAAGAUUCUGAGUUGAUUCUGCACGAAUGUGUUCAACUGACCCAGGAUUUGAAGACAAAGGAGCGAUACCUCUUUCUCUUCAGUGACAUGAUCAUUAUUGCCAAAUUAAAGUCUGGCACAAGUUUUAGAUUAAAGUAUAGGGUGGACCUUUCUGAGAUGAUGGCAUUGUCAUGUGAUGAAGAGGAUGAUGAGGAAGAAGCGUGUUCAUAUCACAAUACGCCUAAGAAUGCUCUUAUUUUAAUAUGGCCCUACAAUGGAUGCAUUGCAUCUUUCCGUUCCCUUGAAGUGAAGGAACUUUGGUUCGAUACUCUUAUUUGGCAGAUUAGAGAAGUCGGGGGGCUGGAGAGCGCUACCAACGCAUCUGCAAAACUACUAAUGAAGGUGCUCACAGGCUGCAAUGCUUCUAAGGCACUCAAUGUUAACGACAUGGAGACCUUAAUAAAAUGCCCCACAGAGUUAGAUCCCAAGAAAUAUCACUUGUUGGCAGCAAUGUUUAAUGAAGAUGGAAUCUGCAAUGUACGUGAAACCAGUAAGAAAAGAAGAGGUGUGAUUUCUUGGCCCUUCACAUUGAGGAAGAGUUCAACUUUGCCAGAGACAUCAUCGCCACCUGAAUUAAAUGCGCCAUUAUUUGAUCAGCCUUUGUCUAUACUUUGUGAAGAGAAAACCUUGCCAAGACCAGUACUUGAUAUUCUUACCAUUUUGCGCCUGAAAGGACCCUCCACAGAAGGUGUUUUUCGUAAGGCAGCCAAUGAAAAAGCUCGCAAGGAAUUAAAAGAUGAUCUGAAUUAUGGAAGGCCAUUGGAUUUAAAAAGCAAACCUGUGCAUCUUCUUGCUGUUCUCUUAAAGGACUUUCUCCGUGGCAUCCCCAACCAGAUACUGUCAACAGAACUUUAUCAUGAAUGGAUGGCUGCUUUGGAUAAAUCAGACCUGACUGAGAGAAUUGCAGAACUUAAAUGUGUUGCAGAUAAACUACCAAAACCAAACUUGUUGCUAUUGCACCAUUUAAUCUGUGUUCUCCAUCAUAUCAAUGCGGCAUCAGCUAUCAACAAGAUGGAUUCACACAACCUAGCAGUCUGCAUUGGUCCAAACAUGCUUAUCACUGAACAUCACAACAAUCUUCAAUUAGAAACUCAAAAACAGGUCAACGAUAAAGUUAUUUGUUUGGUUGAGUUCUUCAUAGAAAACUGUUUUGAUUUGUUCGGUGAAAAUGUAUCAGAAGUAAUAAGUGCACCAGAGGAAGAUUCCCUGGACAACAUAGAUACUGCAGAGUUGUACACCCAUCAAAAUGACUCCGCCUAUGACAGCAUGGAUCCAGAUCUUGAUUGUCAAAACAACACCUUCUUAAGUUAUCAAGAGCAUCAUGGGAGGAACAGUAGGUCUGGCACUAGAAAGUUACAUGGCUCACUGGAUCAGGAUCUACCCAUAUCACAUGCAACCCAGUUUAAAAAUGUACUCAGUGGCACUAAUAGAAGAUGCUCAGAGCCAUAUGUUCUUCCCUCAAAAGAAACUAUAGAUAAUGUGACGGGACAGAAAUUAACAAGGAGCCAUGGUGAUGUCACAGUUCCUAAUAAAGGAGCUUUUUUAAAUGAAGAGGAAUUAAAUAAGCAUGAAUCACAGGAAUACAAUUCUUCAGCUAUAUAUAAACAAAAGAAACCAAAUGGCAUGACCGUUUGUACCAACUAUCCAUUAGAUUUGUCAGAUGACUUCUUACCCAACACCUUCUCAAAUAGUUCCCUGGAGAGCUCUUAUUCUGACUGUUCUGUCUUUACAAGCUCGCCACUUGCAUCUCCUGCAAGUCCUACAACGAAUGGACUGCAGAGGCACCAGUCAUUCUCCUCAAAGUGCAAGGAGAGGACGGACACGGUUCAAACAGGGAGAGAAAUUAAAAAACAUUCAAAAUCAUUUUGUUUUGUUAACCACAAGAAAUUGUUGGCAAAGACUCAGAGUUGGGGGCCUGAGGGACAAAAUGAAGGACUGCAGAGAAACAGAUUAAGCAGCAGCUUUAAAAAUAAGAUCCAAACAGAAUGCAACAGUGCGCAGGACAAAACGUUCAAGCAGCCAGCUGUUGUACGUUUGAAAAGGCCUACUCGCCUUUUCUCAGCCGAGGAGGUUUUUAGAAUAGUCGACCAAAGAAACCCUGGGAAGCCCCCAUCGUACGAAGUAGCCAUUCAUAAAAAUAUGGGUCACGAAGUCCCUUCAUACAAUAGUAUUACAGUUAAAAACUUGCAAGAAACUGUUUCAAGUAAAGACAACUUGACAUCCCAUGCAAAAACAGAACACACUAUGGACAGCUGUCACAGAACAUACACAAGUUUCAGUAAAAAUCAAUCCAAAACAGAACUUGAAGUGCAACGAGAGAAUACAUCAACUGGUGUCAUUCAGCCCAGUUGUCAGGGUAAACAAACUAUGGCUAUUCGUGAAAGAACUAUGUCUGAGUCUAUUCAAAAGAACAAACCGGAAUGCUUGAGCCGACGAUGCAGUCAGCCACUUUUUGAAAUGUAUGAUCAAAUCCAGUAUGCCAAGGAGUCCUAUGUUUAAGAGUUCAAGUGAUUUAUACUUCCUGUAAUUUAGUUAGAACCUAUAAAUGUAUAUUAUGUAAAUUCAAAAUGCUCAUUAAACCUCAUUAUAUGAGUGUAGAUACUGUAAAGUUAUAAAUAGAGAAUUGUAUUAUAUGUUUAUGUUGUUUUUAUUGUAUCAGAUUUACUUUAAAUCCUGUAAAUUCUUUAUUUGUAUGUUUUUCUGGGGCUAGGUUUUUUAUUAUUAGCACAGUUUUUGCACAAUGCUUCAAUUCAAUGCAUUUAACGUCAAAUUAAAGGAACAAAAUUGAAAUGGGAUGCUUCUAGUAAAAGCUACUACUGUUUUCAGCGGCAUACGCACAUAUGCUGUGAGUGCCCUGUGCACUUGCAUUCAAACACUUUACCUUCUCAGAGAUUCAGCAGUGACUUGUAGAACACAAAAUAACCGCCAGCUCUCUGAGAAGGUGUGGUGUUUGAAUCCUGAUGCGCUAGUCAAAAGCAGCAUUUACUAAUGUAAGAAUAUUGCAAAACUGCUUUUAUUUCAAAUUGAAAUGCACCCAUGUCCAUUUCGGUUUACCUUACGAUCCCUUUAAUUAACUGUAUGUAGUGUAGAAUAUGUAUAAAUAUUAAUAUCUAAUAUAAUCAAUAUACAGUAUAUUAUUACUGUUGUUUAGUAACACACUGUAAAUUUCUACCUGUUACAAAUACAUUGUAGUCAAUUCACUGUUUUAGUUUAAAUAUAAUGUGAAUUUUUAAAAUGGAUAAAGCAAAAAAAUAUAAAAAUGAUAUAUUUCCACUACAAUAAAGCACUUUGAUGUAAACGCAA